AUGGUUGGGUUCACUGCAAUGAAUGAUGAAAUUCAUUCUAUCGAGAAAAAUGACACUUGGGAGCCGACUACUCUUCCUCAAGAAAAGAAAUCAAUUGGAGUCAAAUUGGUUUACAAGACGAAGUACAAGCCUGAUGAAAAUGUGGACAGACUUAAGGCGCGACUUGUUGUAAAAGGUUAUAAGCAAAAGCCUGGUAUCAACUACUACAAAGUGUUACUUGAAGAGGGAGUGUACAUAUACCAACCAGUUGGUUAUGCUAAGAAAAUCGAAGAAGACAAAGUAUUCAGUUGCGACAUGCUUAUUGUUUGUUUGUAUGUAGAUGAUUUGAUCUUUACUGGAACUAACCCAAGUAUGAUUGUUGAAUUCGGGGAGGAAAUGGUUAAUCACUUUGAUAUGACUGAAAUGGGUCUUAUGUCAUACUUUCUUGGCCUUGAGAUUGUACAGGAAGAUUAUGGAAUUUUUAUAUACCAGAAAAAAUAUGUUGCUGAUAUUUUGAGAGGUUUAAGAUGGACUCUUGCACUCCUACAAAGACACCAGUGGAAGCUCGAAUACAAUGGGAUCAGAGUUGUAAAGUAUUUCCCAGCCACCGUUAGAUUUUCUCACCUGAUUUUACUCGGUCACAUCCCUGGACUAAUUGGCUUCUCAGCAGUCAGCGUUCUACCACAUUCACGCCUUGGCUGCUUUCUUCUCAGUGUCACGCCACUAUCAGUCACUCUAGUUUCUUCUUCUACGGUUCUUCUCUCUUUCUCUCUCAGCCUCACUCGCUUCUCCCGCCAAAAUCCCUCUUCCACCAUUUUCAUAACUUCGCUUAUAUUCAUUCUGUCGCUUCUUUCUUGUAUUAGGAAUCGGCAGAAGAAACACUUCCAUCGUUCGUUAAGGUCAAGCGUAGGAGAUUCUGAUACAUUUUGGUACCUGGCCUCCGUGCUCCAAAACAUGAGCUACCCUGUGGAUUCAUAUGCUUUGAAGUCAGUGUUUGAUUUGCCUGAGCCUUUUCGCUCAACUUUCAAAUUCAGGUAUUUCAAUUCGUUGCAGAGUGAGUGCUUUGCUGGUUGUUACUUCUCUGACAUGAACAUGGUCAUUUCGGCGCCAACUGGAAGCGGUAAAACGGUGUUAUUUGAGCUAUGCAUCUUAAAGCUCCUUUCCAGGUUCCUUUCUCAGGAUGGAAGGUUCCUUCAUAUGAAGGGUACACUGAAAACAGUCUACAUAGCUCCAUCUAAGGCCUUAGUACAGGAGAAGCUUCGUGAUUGGAACCAGAAGUUUGGUUUAUUGGGUAUUAAAUGCUUGGAGCUCACAGGUGAUAGUGAAUCUCACAGCCCAAAGAAUAUGCAAGAAGCAGAUAUUAUUCUCACUACUCCUGAGAAGUUUGAUUCCGUCACCCGCUAUCGCAUAAAAGAUGGUGGUCUGAGUUUUUUCUGCGACAUAGGGCUUGUACUUAUUGACGAGGUUCACUUAUUAAAUGAUCCUCGUGGAGCUUCAUUGGAGGCAAUUGUUAGUAGAAUCAAAAUGCUUGCUCGCAGCCCUGAAAUGGAAUCAAGUGCUCUGGCUCAUGUUCGGUUCAUUGCUGUUUCAGCUACUAUUCCAAACAUUGAGGACCUCGGGGAAUGGCUUAUGGUUCCAGUUCAAGGACUUAAAAGAUUUGGAGAAGAAAUGAGACCUGUAAAGUUGACCACCAGAGUAUUCGGUUACGCUCCAGCAAAAAACGAUUUCUUGUUUGAACGGCGCCUUCAAAACUACGUUUUCGAUAUUCUUAUGCAACAUUCUAGAGGGAAAUCUGCCUUGAUUUUCUGUUCAACCAGAAAAGGAGCACAAGAAGCAGCACUAUGCCUCUCUCAGACUGCAAUAACAUUUGGCCUCUCGAAUCCAUUCAUAAAGUCGAGGGAGCAACAGGAACGGCUAAAGGAAGCUUCGCUAUCAUGCAGUGAUAAGCAAAUGCAAUCAUGUACUCUUUUUGGUGUUGGUUACCACAAUGGUGGACUAUGCCAAAAGGACCGCAACCUUAUCGAAGCCCUUUUUCUUAAAGGAGAUCUUCAAGUUAUAUGCACUACAAACACUCUUGCCCAUGGUAUCAACUUACCAGCACACACCGUUGUUGUUAAGUCGACACAACACUUCAACAAAGAGAAAGGCCUCUACAUGGAGUAUGAUCGGUCAAUGAUACUUCAGAUGUGUGGUAGGGCUGGGCGUCCUCCAUUUGAUGAUACUGGCACGGUGAUAAUUAUGACAAGAAAAGAUACAGUCCACUUGUACGAGAAUUUAUUGACCGGAUGUGAAACGGUUGAGUCUCAAUUACUUUCAUGUGUGACGGAGCAUCUAGCUGCAGAAAUAGUUCAGCUAACUGUCAAUGAUGUACCUCGGGCAAUUGAGUGGAUAAAAUGUUCUUAUUUGUAUGUGCGAAUGAAAAAGAACCCCUCGAAUUAUGCAUUAGAAAGGGUCCCUGGUGGAGGGCUAGAGAUGCAUAUGCAAGAAAUUUGUGUUCAGAAAGUAAACGAGCUUUCAGGACAUGGAAUGAUCUGGACAGAUGAAUAUGGAUUUCUUUUGAAGCCGCUUGAGCCUGGGAGGCUGAUGACCAAAUAUUAUUUGAAAUUCGAUACGAUGAAAAACAUCAUGGGUACCCCUGAGAGCUCCAGUUUGGAAGAUGCUCUUCAUGUUGUUUGCCGCUCUGAGGAGAUAUCCUGGAUACAGCUGAGGCGUAAUGAGAAGAGGAUUCUAAAUGACAUAAACACUGAUAAAGAAGGUCGCCUUCGAUUCCAUAUUCUUGGUGAAAAUGGGAAACGGAAAAAGCGAAUUCAAUCAAGAGAGGAGAAGAUCUUUCUGUUGGCAAAUGACUGCUUGACUGGUGAUCCCUCAUGUCACGAUUUGUCCCUCAGCCAGGACAUGAACUCUAUAUGCUCAAAUGGGAGUAGAAUUGCUAAGUGCAUGAAAGAGUACUUUAUUUACAAAAAGAAUUACAAGGGAGCUUUUAACUCCACACUUCUUGCCAAAUGCUUAGAUCAGAAACUGUGGGAUGACAGUCCUUUCUUGCUGAAACAACUUACUGGCAUUGGAACAGUAACGGCGAAGGCAUUAAACUCUGCAGGGAUAAAUACUUUUGGAACUUUAGCAGAUGCUGAUCCAAGGAGGAUAGAAAUAGUUACUAAUCGCAAAUAUCCGUUUGGGAACCAUAUUAAAGAAUCCUUAUUGUCACUUCCUCCUAAAGUUGAGUUGAGCAUCGAGGAGAUUGGAUGCCAGAGGCAAGGGAAGUCAAAAUUAGUGGUGACAUUGACUCGGUUACCUCAACCUGUUCCAGCGACAAAGCGUCAUUUUGCCGAUAUGGUUGUUGGUUCAGAGGAAGAUAACCUGAUCCUGUUUCACGAGAAAAUAAGAGUGGAUGAGUUUUCCAGUCCCUAUAGUACAACAGUUCUCGUGUCAAGACCUGAGCAAGGAAAGUUAACUGUGAGGGCGGAUCUGCUUUUCGAAGAAUACAUUGGUCUCGAUCUCCACAAAAAUGUCUUACUGGUGAAGGAAAUCGAAUCAAAUAUGAUUCGAAAACGUGGAGAUUAUAGAACCACCUCCACUUAUGAUCUGCCCCAAGAAAUCUACAUCGUAGACGAUGAUGACAAGAAAACCACCUCUCAUACUUCAACAAAAGAACUUCACGUGUCACACAAGUCUACGGAGGUUUUCUCCAUGCCAAGUUUCAAUCUGCUAGAGGAAGAAUCUGACGAAGAUGUGGCCGUAAUCAAAACCGAAGAAAAAGAAAGUGAAAUCAUAACUGAACAGACAGUAUUUGAUCACAUUCGAAGAAAAGCUAAGAACUUUCAAGUUUUUGCCAUAUCAAGUAGUGCCGAUUCAUCAACGUCCGGGAAAUUGGUCUCAGUGAAAAGAAGUCAAUCUCCAAACCAUAUUGAACCCCACAGUACAAGUCAUGUGCUGGAAGAAACAAACGCAAGUAUGCGGAGAGCGACUAUUAAUGGUCCAGAUAUGGAGCCUGGAGAUGGUUUCAGAAAGGAUGAAACUCUGAAACAUCAUGUCAAUACACGACACUCCGGAACAAAUUCAAGUAUUCAGACAUAUCCUAUUCAUGGUCCAGAUAUGCAGCUUGACGAUGGUUUCAGAAAGGAUGAAACUCCGAAACAUCAUGUCAAUACCCGACACCCAAGCAGCUUUGGUCUUCUAGAGGAACACAUGAAUAUAGGUAUUACUUCCCCAGUAAUUCCAGAGAAGAUAGCUGCCGAGGUAACAGAACAAACUGUUUUUGAUCACAUACGGAAGAAAGCUAAGAAUUUUCCAGCACUCACAAUAGAGGCCAUGAGAUUGGAACCUGUGGUCCCUUCAAGAAAACGUUUCUGCCUGGAUCAGUUCAAAACAAGUAUCUCUGUAGAAGAACAUGAGGCAGAAAUUUCGAAGAUUACCUCGGAAGACAGUACAACGAUUCCCGAUUCCAGAAUGGGAGAUAUGGGUAGACUUGUGUAUGGGACCAAUACAUAUGUGAAACAACAUACUUCCACGAGAAGUGCAAGAAGUGUGAGCUCACAUAUACUACCUAAGGUUUUAGGCACCCAAACUGAUUCAGCAGAAUUAAGAGAUAUCUCUAUGUGUGACAGAAUAAAAUAUACUUCUCAUUCUAUAACCUCUGGAGAUCACUAUAGCGGCAAACAGCAGCAGUACUCAAAUGGAUCAGACAGUCAGUUGUUCUCAUUGGAUAUGAUAGAUGAGAAGAAGAAAGAACCCUUCUUUGGGUUUAAGAGUGUUUUUUCAUUUCUCUGAUUAACAACAGCAUUACUCAAAUUUUCGGAAUAGGGAUUUCUUCCCCAAUGGAUAGUAGCUUAGAAAGUACAAAGUGUGCUGCCUUGUUUUUAUUUCUUUGAUUACUUGUCACAGUCACUGUCAGAGAAUAUAUCAUUUGUUUCUAUUACCGGAAGAGAAUAUAUUAUUUGUAAAUAGCUAUUGGCUUUUCUCAGUCUUUUACAGCAUGGUCGCACAACCUUGCUGUGAUUUAGCUCGAACGGUGUCAAUGAGGUGUGUAGUUUUCUACCCAGUGAGCAACUGUAAUA